CUGUAAUCUUUACAUAUGUUGUCGCACAUACAAACUACCGGUAACCUGUGUCAUUGCAAAUAGAAAAUGGUCGCUGUAACUGUCAAUCCAGGCGGAAUUCAUUCACAAACAUCAGGCGACCAUGCUACGACGCUUAACACGAAUGAACAUGUACCUCGCAAACGCUUUGGAGUUCUGGUCGCUGGGUUGCUUUACUGUUGCGCAUCAGCUUCAAUGGUGCUGCUCAAUAAACACGCCCUAGCAUCCUUUAGCUUCACAGCUCCAAAUGCGUUGUUGUGCUUUCAAUGCGCCGUGGCCGUCCUGCUGGUCAAAAUGUGCGAGGCGGUUGGACUCGUGCGGCCCCUGCAGCCGCUCACAAGGGACCUUGUCAAGCUCUGGUUCCCCGUGACCUGCAUCUUCGUCAUGAUGCUCGGCAGCGGCUUCUACGCUCUGCGGUUAAUGGGUAUCGGCAUGUUUUCCAUCUGGAAGCAGCUAGCCAACCUCACCACUGCCCUGGGCGACGUUCUCAUCUUCCGGCGCUCCUACCCCUGGUCUGUGUGGGCCUGCAUGGCCCUCAUGGUGGGCAGUGCGGCGGUGGGCGCGUCCACGGACGAGGCGUUCAGCUGGGAGGGGUACGUGUGGCAGGUUGUGAACUGCGUGCUCACGUCGGCUUACGCGCUGUGUCUGCGGCACGUGAUGGACAAGGUGCCCAAAUACACGCGGGACGGGGGGAAGAUGGACGAGUUCAGCAUGGUUUACUACAACAACCUGCUGUCCAUCCCGCCCAUCCUGGUGCUCAUGUACUGCUUCGGUGAGUGGGGCGGACUGGCGGCGCAGCCCGCGCUGCGCGACCCGCGCUUCCAGGCGGUGGCGCUGCUGGGGGGGCUGAUUGGCUUUGCGAUCAGCUUCUCCAGUCUGUGGUUCCUGUCCCAGACCACCGCCACCAUCUACAGCCUGGUGGGCUCGCUCAACAAGUUCCCCAUCGCGGCAGUCGGCAUCCUGGCCUUCCGGGAGCACACCAACGCGCAGAACCUCGCCAGCAUCCUCAUCGGGCUGUCGGCAGGUGUGAUAUUCACCCAGUACAAGGGGAAAUGAGACAAAGGAAGACGGGGUUGGCGCGGAGUGCAUGAUCUCAGCAUGAGAGUCGUCAAUGCAAGGUGCAAUACCGGUAGGCUUAGUGAUGUGGUUGGUCUGGUACCGUACUGGUGGGUUGGUGACCCCUGCGUUGAACAUUUUUUGCUGGACUUAAACCGCGGCGGUAGCUGAAGGUUACGUAAUGGUCUAUCGGGGUUAAGGGGCGUGUUGACUAGGGGACUGUUGCAAGGGAUAUCUCUCGAGGACUUUACUUACAAGCGGCGGCGUGGGAGCGGCUUUGGGACUCCUCUCACACCGUCUAUGCUUGCAUCCGCUCUAGCUGCUCUCAGCGAUACGCAUCCUUGGCUUAUUACUGGUACUGGCACCCUGUGUUGCAUCACAGCUUGACAGGCUACGUGUUGAGCGUUGGGUUGGAGUGGCAGGAUCGGUCACAGCAUGCGUGGCGUGGCAUUACCAUGACAUCGUACUGUAUCUCCCCUUUCCCGUGACCAAUUUCCUUAUUGGGUUUACUUGCAUUUCUUGUGACAUUUAGCGGGUAUGGGCAUGCGAGGGAAGCAGAAAGCAAAUGUUUGGGGGCCCUGCAUCGUUUGUUAAAACCGCUGAUGGUGCGUCACCCCUCUCAGAAUCGCAUCCCGGACAUGGCUUUGGCUGGCCCCACGGGCCCGACGACGUACAGUGACCGUUUUGGCGGCGUAUGCUGCUUUUGGUGCCGUGUUUCAUUGAUUACGUUGAGGUGGUGGUUACUGGGAUACGUCUAUCAAGCUGCCUACGCAGCUUAGCCGGCUGCCAAGGUUAUUUGUAAUUUUUGUUUUGCAAGGGCCACUAACUUGACGAUAUGUGAGAUGCUUUGAAACUAUGACUGAUACAGCUAUGUUGGGUGCGCAUUGGUGCGAAUGGCGCCCAAACAACGACGCUGUACCUUUGCUCGUACGCCCUUACUAACCGCCUUCACUCCUUUCACCGCCUGCUGUAACUCAUAACUUUACUGGGGACCUUCUUGAAGUUCACUGCUUGCUGACUAUGAAACCAGCGCGGCUAAGUUCAGCCUACGUGCUGCCAGUCGUGCUGCAAGUAUUGUUUUUCGCAACAAUAUUUAUCGCGGUGCAAUCAGUAGAUGUAUCCAAUGACUUAGGAGAGGCCAGUGGCGAUGAAGGUACUUGCACUUGGGCAUCCAAGCCUGACCAAAGCGAAGGCAGCGGAUCCUGUACAGUACUGGAGGAACAGCCUCCACCUACGGAAUCAAGUGUUCUAAGUGAUGUAAAAGCAGCGAUCUUACCAGAAGUACUAGCCUCCUGUGAAACUUCAUCCGGCGCCAGCUCAUGCUCAGCUCCAGGACCAGGCCAAGACACAGCGAACAGCGCGACGGGCGAUGACAACCUUAUCGAACAACCCAUCUCCACCACCUCUCCAGUUCCGGGUAACGCGGCGGCUCACGAAACCAAUUCCUCCUCCGAUGCCGCCUCAGCAUCGCUGGCACCCGCGCCUCCAUCCUCACCCGCACCUGCAACUCCAGCCACCAUAACCACGGAGGAGUUAUCCCGGCUGCAGGCGCUGCACCUGCAGGCGCGUCAGGCGGUGGAGCUGCUCAACCAGGAGCUUGCCCGCAUAGAGCGCCGCAUCGCCGCGCUUACACCCGGAGGAGGGGCCGGAUUCGUCGGCACUGGCGGAUUCAUCUCCGGCGCUGAUUUCACCUCCAUGGCAACAUCCGGACUAACUACUACAGCCGGGCUAGCUGGCGAAUGGUUCCGGCACUUUACACGCCGCUGGGCGCUGCAACUCGCCCUUCCCUCGUCAUCAUCAACCACCUCCGACUCCUCAGCACCUGCCUCUGAUGCCAACUUUCCAGCUGAAACCGCAACACCAACACCAACACCCGCACCAUCCCCGGCAGCAGCAGCGGCCAUUCUGCCAACCAGGGUCACCUGCGUGUUUCCCUUCGAAACGCCCGCCCAGGGCGCCGACGGCAGCAGCAGCGGCCAAGUGCAGUACAUCCUCGCAGGCGACGCCGGCGGCAUGGUGUACCUGCUACGCCCCGCCGACGGCUCCCUGCUUGCCGCCGCCCCCAGCGGCACCCCCUCCGCCGUCACCGCCUGCGCAGCCUUCCCAGUGCGUAAGACCGAGUCAACGGUCGUUACCGGACACGCUAACGGUCAAACGCGCAGCUUUGCCGUACAUCUGCAACCGGCGGCGGCGGCGCAGCAGCAGCAGCAGGAGUCGGGUGAGCAUCCGGUUCAAGGGAAGCAGCAGAAGCGGCGUGGUGGGGGUGCCGGGAUGACGGGUGGUGGUGGUGGCGGGCCGAUUGCUCCAGCGGGGGCGUAUGCCUCCGCGGUGGUGGUGUUGAGGCAUGUGGUGGAGUCCAUGCCGGCGGGGGCGGUGGGCUGGCCCCUGGUGAAGGAAGAGGGCGCAGCGGUGUCGGCUGCAGCAGCGGAGGAGGGUGCAAGCGGUGAGGUGGCGGCAGCAGCAGUAGCAGCACAGGAGGAUGCAGCGGCGGCGGAGGAAGCGGUCAAGGAAGCAAAAGCACCUGCAGCAGUGGCGACGACAGUAGGCAGCGGCCCGGCGCCCAUUACACACAUCUUGCCGUACAGGCUGGGUAACAAGCCGGGCGGGCGGCGGCACGUGCUGGUGCUGGACGGCUCGGGCAACCUGCGGUUGGACCGGGACAACGGCACGGUGCGCUUCUGGGCGCCCACCAAUGACACGCAGCUGGCGGUGCGGUUCGCCGGCACCUACGCGGUCAUGCUGUCCGCCACCGCCGCCACCGUCAUCAACACGCUGCAGCCGCGGGCGCCCCGGAGGUACACCUGCCAGCACCUGAACGGCUCCCGCCUGCUUGCCGCCUCCUUCGACGGCCACCGCCUGUUCCGCGGCUACGGGCUGACGGACCGCGGGGAGGUGCUGUCGCUCAUCACACCGCACGAGAGCAGGAUGCACCUGUGCAAGGCCCACCCCAUCAGCCCACUGCCCUGGCACCUGAUGCAAGCGCUAGCACCCCUGCAGCAGCAGCAGCCCUUUGACAGCACCAGCAACAGCACCACCCAGCCCCCCUCCGCAGCAGCACCCUCGUCACCCGCUCCCCGCGGCCCGCUGCUGUCCUUGACUCCCCUGCGCGGCUACCUGCUGGUGACCCACGGGUCGUCCCUCACGCUGCUCAACAGCACCGGCAACAUCCGCGCCGCGGGACUGCCCGCGCUGGCGACCUCGUCCGGCCAGGAGCUGGUCAACACGGCCCAGGUCCAAACCCUCCUCGCCGUACCUCCUCCGCCUCCCGCCACCACCGACAGCGGCUCCGCCCCCCCAGCAGCCGCCCCAGCAGCAGCGCUGGCUCCUGCCGCCACCACACCAGCGCCUCCGCCUCCCCCACCCCUGAUUAUCUCCGUGGCUCCUCUCAGCCAGGUGGUAGUGGUAGUGACGCAAGCAGCGGGCGAAGCUCAGCCGUCCUCAGGAGGCGCACAACAGGAAAAAGACAGCGGCAGCGAAGCAAACCGGAGCACCUCGGUAGGGGGGACUGUGGAAGGGGCGGCAGUGGAGGGGGCUGCCGGCGGCGCAGUCAGCAGCAGCAGCAGCGGCAGUGUGGUGCUGCUGUUGGAGUCGCGGCUGCCGCGGAUGGCGGGCGGGGCUAAUGGUAGCAAGAUGUGGUCGCAACCCAUCUUCAUCGUCGCCAUGAUCCUGGUGGGGCUGUACCAGUUCUGGAAGAUGUCCAAGGGACGCAACCACCGAGCCAGGGCCGGAUCGCUGGCGGGCAGGGUGGGGCUGCGCUCCCGCAGGGGGUACGGCGUAGCAGGCACGGACCCGUACGGCGAUGCCAAGGACUACUUGUACGGCGGCGAGGGCCGGGUGCCGUUGCAGCCGCGGAGUGCGUUGCGGCGGGGACGGUCGGACAGACCGGCUGGGCGUUCCGUCAGCUAUGAGGAUGACAGCUACUGAAUACUAUAUGCGCAAAGUACUAAUACUGUAGAGAUGGUACUACAGAAUGAUACUCUUACUACUACAGACACACUUGGUGAAUAACAAAGACAUUGGGUAAGAAGACAUUGACAAGAACCAGGUUGGGAUGUACGGGGCGCGGACAUGCGGUGUGGGGAAGUCUUGUGAGGGAAUCUUGCUGCUGGGGCUGCUGCUCUUCUGCUCGUGCUGUUCGAAGUAUCGGGACACUGCGCGCGGGGAGAUGACGAUAACGAAGUGUAUUAGGUGCUGGGCAGCAAGUGAAGCGGAAGAGGACUAGCUUGGGCAGUUAGGCAGCGGGACUUGGAGAGGCUAUGAGUUUAAUGAGAUAGCCAGCUGUCAUUGCUUAGGGAAAUGUAGUGAAGGUCUUGUGCGAUGUGUCACAUGGUUGCAAAGGCUGAGGAAUGGUGCAUUGGCGCGGCAGGUUGUGAAGAUUUUGGCACUUGGGGCACAGGCCUGUGAGCGCGGCAUG